AUGGCGGAAUCUGGAUCCUUGGAGCCCUCAUUACAAAUGGCAGCUCAGCGUUAUCAGCAUCUACACGACGCUGCUAUGCCACCUGGCAUGUGGAAUCCUGCAGAUCAGAGGCAUAUGGCUGGAGCUUUUCAGGAUAAUCGAGUGAUUCCAUAUGAGGGCAUUAAAGGAGCGGAUAUAAACACAGCGCAGUGGACAUAG